UCGUAGGUAUUUCCCCACCCAAUCAUCUCCCAAAGCUUCCUUUAUAGAGUAUCCGGAAUCUCGUUUCUGAGUACAGUGAGCAACGUAAGAUGUUGUUUGGUUAGGUUCAAGACAUGCUCUACUUUAACAUUGUCAAAAUCCGAAAUAUUAAACCUUUCCAAACAAGGUUGUUCAAUACAACCUCUUCUAUAUUAGAUCUCUGCACCAAACCACAACACCUUCAACAAAUCCAUGCAAGGUUCUUCCUCCAUGGCCUCCACCAAAACACUUCUCUUUCCUCCAAACUCAUUGAUUCUUAUUCCAUGCUUGGAUACCUCAAUUCAUCUCACAAACUUUUUUACUACACUGAAAACCCUGAUUCACUUCUCUACAAUGCAUUCCUUAGAAACCUUUUUCAGUUCGGUGAAUAUGAAAAGACCCUUUUUUUGUAUAAAGAAAUGGUUGAGAAAUCAUUGUGCCCUGAUGAAGAUUGUUGUGUUUCUGUUUUGAGAUCUUUGUUUUAUGUGUAUCAUGAACAAUGGGUGAUUACGAUGGUUCAUGGGCUCAUUGUGAAAUUGGGUAUGGAUGUAUUUGAUUUGGUGGGAAAUGGCUUGAUAGAAUUGUAUGGUUUUUUUAAUGGACAUGAACUGUUUGAAAGAAAGUCUGUGACAGGAUUGAGUUUUUGGAAUAACUUGAUUUUUGAGGCUUUUGAAAGUGGGAAAAUUGUUGAAAGCUUUCAAUUGUUUUGUAGGAUGAGAGAAGAGAAUAUACAACCCAAUUCAGUUACUUUAAUUAACUUGUUAAGGGGAACUGUUGAGUUAAACUCAUUGAAGAUGGGGCAAGCUCUUCAUUCUUUGGUUGUUGUGAGUAAUUUGUGUGAGGAACUAACUGUGAAUACUGCGUUGUUGUCAAUGUAUGUUAAAUUGGGCAGUCUAAAAGAUGCAAGGUUGAUGUUUGAGAAAAUGCCUGAGAAGGAUGUUGUAGUUUGGAACAUAAUGAUUUCAGCAUAUUCUGGGAAAGGUUUCCCUAAGGAAUCCUUAGAGCUUGUUUAUUGUAUGGUUAGGUUGGGGAUUAGACCUGACAUGUUCACGGCAAUCCCUGCGAUGUCUUCAAUCACACAGUUGAGAUUUAAUGAGUGGGGGAAGCAAAUGCACACACAAGUGAUAAGAAAUGGUUUGGAUUAUCAGGUUUCCGUUCAUAAUUCUCUUGUUGACAUGUACUCCACAUGCGACGACAUAAAUUCGGCACAGAAGAUUUUUGGUUUUAUAUCGGCCAAGACUGUGGUUUCAUGGAGUGCAAUGAUCAAAGGGUAUGCAAUGCAUGAUCGGUGUCUCGAGGCUCUUUCUCUAUUUGUAGAAAUGAAGUUGAGUGGUAUUAAAGUUGACUUUGUAAUAGUCAUUAACAUCUUACCUGCAUUUGCAAAGAUAGGGGCAUUGCAUUAUGUAAGAUACUUACAUGGUUACUCAUUGAAAACCAACCUCCAUUCACUCAAAUCGCUUAAGACAUCGCUUCUUAGCAGCUACGCAAAAUGCGGUUGCAUAGAAAUGGCUAGAAAGCUUUUCGAUGAAGAGAAAAGCAAUCAUAAAGAUAUAAUUGCAUGGAACUCUAUGAUCACUGCAUAUUCUAACCAUGGAGAGUGGUUUCAAUGUUUUCAGUUGUAUGACGAAAUGAAACUAUCGAAUGUUAAACCAGACCAAGUAACUUUUCUUGGACUACUCACAGCUUGUGUUAAUUCAGGCCUUGUGGAAAAGGGCAAGGAGAUUUUCAAGGAGAUGGUGGAAAUAUACUGUUACCAACCUAGUAAGGAACACAAUGCUUGUAUGGUUGAUCUAUUAGGACGCGCUGGAAAAAUUGAUGAAGCAAGCAAAAUAAUAGAAACUAAUCCAUUAAAUUCAGAUGCCAGGGUUUAUGGUCCCUUAUUAAGUGCCUGUAAGAUGCAUUCGGAAACCGAUUUCGCAGAACUUGCUGCUCAGAAGCUCAUAAAUAUGGAACCUAAAAAUGCUGGAAACUAUGUAUUAUUGUCCAAUAUAUAUGCUGCAGCAGGAAAAUGGGACAAAGUUGCUAAAAUGAGAGGUUUUCUUAGAGAUAGAGGACUAAAGAAAACACCAGGUUGUAGCUGGCUAGAGUUGAAUGGACAAGUGCACGAAUUUCGUGUUGCAGAUCAAUCUCAUCCAAGAUCAGAAGAUAUAUAUUCUGUAUUGAAAGUUUUGGAGUUGGAAGCAGACAUGGAGGAUGAUGUUGAACUCUUUUUUGAACCUCCUACUCAUUUAGCUAUGUGAUUGUGAAUUGCAUAUCAAUAAUAACUAAAGCACAUUUAAGAGCAGAUAAUAGAUAACACAAAUUCACCAGACACUGUAACGUUUAUAUCAUACCAUUUUUUGAAAAUGUAAUAUUGUUCUUGAUUGAUAGAAUUAAGUUGGGUAUUGCUUGUAA